AUGUCCGGCACGCCCGUGUCCCCUCCUCCAAGGACGUCGGAUGCCAUUCUCGAUGUCUACGCGGACCAGAUCAAAGCCAUCAAGAAACGAGCGCCCAAGGCCGUCGAAGGUCUGUAUAUCCAGGCGGAGCAGACCGCAAAUACCGCCAUAGAACUUUUCAUGCAAGAUCUCCCUCUGUACAAAGAAUACCUCCCGUCUGAUACCCUGGGCGAGCUCGAGGAACAGCGGCUUCAACUGAACUACCAGAAAUCUGUCCUCGAACGGGCCUUGAAGCGUUCACGCAAAUCUCGCUGGACGCCGUUGUUGUUUGUUACUAGACGCAUUCGCACCGAGGCAGAGCUGUAUCAGGAUCUCGCUGAAUCGUUUCAGUUCAAGUUGAAGACUGCGUCACAAGAUGCGAGAAUCAAGCGCAUAGCCGAAGUGGUUACCAUAGUCCAUCCAGACGACAUGGACCGUCGCAAUGCUGUCACCGAGUUCCACGAAAGUAGGGACGAAGGCGAGGCAUUGGGAAGCUCGAAUAGGCCAACGAUGGAUCGUAAUUCGUCAGAAGGGGACACACCGACGAGAUUCGGCCUUAUCGCGCCAUGGGACGAAGAGCAACAGACUUUCGUCAAUUCCUCCGGACAGGACGUCACCAACAAUCAAGUUGCACAAGGGGACAGAAUUGCUCUGCUUCAGGCAUACGUCGAGAACUUGUCGUCAGAGGAACCGGAUACGGACUCAGUGAUGAUCCAUGACAGCACCUCGACAUUUGGAGAUGGGCUUAGCGUUCUUCAAGCAUCACCGUCUCCUCGUAGGACGGAAUUUGAUCACGAACAAAUCGAGAAUCAGAGUCAUGAUUCUGCGCCCGACACGACUCAGGCUGGGAGCCUGGGUCUAUUAUCUUCGGUGAUGACCUUACUGAAAGGGGCUAUCGUAAGCAGCGGAAGCAAAACAUAACAGGGGUUGUAGGACACGUAAUAGUCGAGUUGGUGUAGCAAUAUGAUAGCGGCGACAUUUUCGAAC